AUGGGGGUUCAACGCGCUGCCACAUUGGCCGUUGCGGGCAUGGGCGUGGCACUCGCCAUAAUCUCGUGCUGCUACAUGGCCGACAAUUACCUCGUCAUCUCGCACCCUACCCUCUGCACAGGCGUGUCGAAUGCCACUCUCUGCUCUCAGGAGUUCCGCGCAGCUCGCCGGCAACUCAGUGUCCUCCCACAGGCCGCGGACGCAGUGACGGCGGCCAUGGUUUCCGCCGUGGCGGAGCAGGUCUCCGCGAUCAUUGAUGCCGCCACGGAGAUCAAGCGCGCCAAUGUCCGCAAGAACCAUUUCAUCAAUGUCGUGGCGGACGACUGCAGCACGCAGGGCGGCAUCGCGCUGCGCUACCUGGGCCGCACGCUGGACGCGAUAGACACGGACAGCGCGCAGCACGAUCGCGCCUUCUGGCUGUCCGCCGCCAGCACGCAAGUGGGCAACUGCGUCGACGGGUUCAAGACGCUCGCGCCCUCCGCGACAUUCCAGCCCGCAUUCGUGCAUCUCGAGACUGUCGCCAACAAAGCGAGCGACACGCUAGAGGCCGUCGUAGCCAUCGCCAAGAAAGCUGCGGCAGGUCCACCCGAGUUGGGUCGCAAACUCGCGUCGUCCGAGCCCGGUGCUGUCGCAGGAGGCGCCAAAUGGCUGGACGACGACUUUAUCGCACAGCUGCGACAGCUUCAGGCGGAGUUGAACGCACUGGGCGACGGCGUUCACGAGUACGUCGCACGGCGGGAGCUGCGACGCCGUGACGACGAUGACGAUGACGAUGAUGACGACGACGAGGACAAGAAGGAUAAGAAGGACAAGAAGAGCAAGAAGAGCAAGGACAGCGGCGGCGGCAGCGGAGGCAGCAGCAAGAGCAAGGAUAAGAACAGCAAGAGCAAGGAUAAGAAUAGCAAGAGCAAGGACAUGAACAGCAAGAGCAAGGACAAGAACAGCAAGAGCAAGGACAAGAACAGCAAGAGCAAGAGCAAGAGCAAGGGCAGCGGCGCUUCGGGUCCCAUUCGCGCGAGCAAGGGACUGAAGGCCAACGCCGUCGUGAAGGGGAAGAUUCAGUCCGCGAUUGACGCCGCUCCUGGCGGCAGCCAGUACGUGAUCUACAUCCCUGCCGGCACGUACAGGGAGCAGGUUGUCAUCGACACCCCCGAUAUUAUCCUCAUCGGGGCUGGCGCCGGCGCUACCGUGAUCACGUACGACGAGAGCUACGGCAGCGGGUCGAGCACGUUCGAUUCCGCCACGGUCGGCGUGAACAGCGACCGUUUUGUCGCGUUCGGGAUCAAAUUCGUCAACACUGCCGGCCCGGAGAACCACCAGGCUGUAGCGUUCCGCGCUACAGGCGACCAGUCGGCGGCGAUCGACUGCUCGUUCGAAGGCGCGCAGGAUACGCUGUAUGUGGACGCGGGGCGGCAGUUCUACCUCAACUGUUACAUCGGCGGCACGCAGGAUUUCAUAUUCGGCGACGCGGCCGCCGUCAUCCAAAACGCCAAGAUCCAGCUGCAUCCCAGCAAGUCGUUCAUCACGCUCACGGCGUCGGGCCGCGCCAAGGACACGCCGACGGGGAUCGUGAUUCGCGACUCGGUGGUGAGCGCGGACAAGGGCGCGGCGAAGGCGUACCUGGGGCGGCCGUGGAAGAAGUGCGCGUUCACGGUCUUCGUGAACGUCGUGCUGCCGGCCGUUAUCCAGGCGGACGGGUGGCUGUCCUGGAACGAGGGCAGCUGCAUGUUCCUGGCGGAGGCCGGCAGCAAGGGCCCUGGCGCCAAGGCGUCGCGCGCCGACUGGGUGGACCCUGGGAUCAUCUCCAACGGCGCCUCCUACACCGCCGCUGCUUUUGCCGAAGUCAACUCCUGGCUCAUCCUCUCCUGA